UCAAGGCUAGUGACAAACAAAAGAGCCACAAGGAAAUUAUCAGUGACACGGCUGUUAGUGCUGUCACUGUCACUGUCAAGGAUAAUUACACAAAGAGUCCAGAAGAAGUUGAAAGUCACCACAGUUUGGCAAUACAUCGUUUUAUUUAUCUCGUCAAAAAAUACUACGUGCAUACCUGCAUCCAAACAGCUAGGACUAAAGAAUUCAUGAGGAAGCAAAGAAGCGCCGAAAGCAUCGAAAGCGUACACCGCAAAGAGACAUCACCCGAAAGCAAGGCAUCUCUACAUCACAUACCAUCCAUUGUUGCUAUGGAGACUGUUGUCAUGCCGGUUGAUGAUGCACACAGACAAAAGAAAUCAUACAAACAACAUUCACUGAGUAGACAGCGGUAUGAAAGGGAGUUAGGCCUGGUGUACGAAGACAUCGAACUCUCACUAACAGGACAUCGUCUCAAGUCGUUGAGAUGUAGUUCUCAACCGAUGUGGAAUCCAUACACUAGCUUGGGGUCAGCAUCAUUUAAUACUCGACUGUCUGCCAGUGUACCAAAACUACUUGCAAUGGAUGUCGGCAGACCAACUGUGCCGGCAAUUAUUCUACCUGCUGUUGUAAAUAAAAAGCAAGAUUCGAGACGUAAUGUGAGAACGGGAGAAAGACAACUUCGGAUGCCGCCCAUUGCUACUGCGUAUCCUCCUUUUGAGGCAGAAAUAGACGACACGGGGUGAAGUAAAGUAAAUACUUGUAAGUCAAAAAUCAGAGAUUUAUGUUGUCAGCGGACAUCAAUUUGUGAUUACAUGUUAAUAUGCUAAAUUACAACUAUCUGUUGUUUGUCCAACAAUAAGAAUAAAUAUGAUAUCAUAUGA